UCGCGAGCCUUCAUUCCUAAUCCGGAAAUUAAGCCUUAUGUUAACCACAUUAAUGGCAUCAAAUAUGAUAAUCGAGUAGAUAAUUUGGAAUGGGUAACUCCUAAAGAGAAUGCUGAACAUAAGGUAUUUCCGAACCGUGGUCAAGGCAGGUCCAGGAAAAUUGUUCAGAAAACUUUGGAUAGAAAUGUCGUUCAAAUUUGGGAUUCCAUUGCUCUUGCAAAACAAGACCCUAAUGAAGAAUGGAAAGAAAUAGCGGUUGAUUUACGAAAAUUUAAAGUUUCAUCUCUCGGAAGAAUUCAGUUAUGGAAUGAGGAAGGCAAAGAAUAUGUGUAUCAUAUUGAUGAAGAUACUACCAACAAUAAUGCAUCCAAUCUUGGUGUACCUGAAAGAAAACUCUCAGCCCGCUGUUCACCUCGGCCUUUGAGGCAACUGUCAUCGACGUGCCGUCAAACGGAUUUUUGA